AUGGAAGAGCGGGCACUCGAGGACUUUGAAAAGAGCGAUGGAGCUCUGCGAACCGUCAAGGAUUUGGCAGCUGGUGCAGCUGGUGGAAUUGCACAGGUUCUCCUUGAUAUUGUCAAGGUGCGGUUGCAAACAACCACUCAAUAUGCCAAUGCUCUUGAGUGUGCGACCAAGAUUCUUAAGGAUGAAGGCCCUACCGCUUUCUACAAGGGAACUUUGACUCCCCUGAUUGGAAUUGGUGCCUGUGUUAGCGUGCAAUUUGGUGCUUUUCAUGAAGCCCGGAGGCGCUUGGAAGAAUUGAACAAGAAGAAAUAUGCCGACAGUACCCUUUCGUACGGGCAGUACUACAUGGCUGGCGGUUUCGCAGGUCUCACCAACUCCGUUCUGUCUGGUCCCAUUGAACAUAUCCGUAUUCGCAUGCAGACCCAGCCACACGGCGCGAACCGGUUGUACAGCGGACCCCUCGACUGUAUUCGUAAGCUCUCCGCUCAGGGAGGCGUGCUUCGGGGUCUUUACCGUGGCCAGAGUGUAACCUAUCUGCGUGAGAUUCAGGCCUAUGGUAUGUGGUUCUUGACUUUUGAGUUCCUGAUGAACCAGGAUGCCAAGCGUAACAACAUCAAGCGCGAGGAUAUUUCCAGUCUUAAGGUCGCCACCUACGGUGGACUGGCUGGUGAAGCACUCUGGUUGAGCAGCUACCCGUUUGAUGUGAUCAAGAGUAAGAUGCAGUGCGAUGGCUUCGGCGCACAGCAACAGUUCAAGAGCAUGACGGACUGCUUCAAGAAGACCUAUGCUGCUGAGGGACUCGCUGGUUUCUGGAAGGGUCUCGGCCCGACUCUGCUGAGAGCUAUGCCUGUGUCGGCUGGCCGCCAACUUGGUGCCUUCAACCGCCAGGCUCGGACUCUGAACUCGCUCAAUCGUUUCUUCUCAACUGAGCCACCCAUCGACACCACAGUGCAAACCCGUAUCCAAGAGCGUGCUGCCGAAAUCGAGGCUCGCUAUCAGAAUGAUGUCUUUCCCGAGAGAGUCUCAAGGAGGCGCGCCGCCCAGAUGGCCUGGAAGGCGCAGGAUGAGCGAAGAUACGAAUUCCACAGUCUCGGUAGCACCGUGACAGACGCGUACAAACCAGAGGACAUCAUUCGGAAUCCUCCCAGACCCUCAGACGUUUCCCUGGAACUCCUCCUCGCAUCUCAGACACACCUCGGUCACUCGACAUCCCGCUGGAACCCACAGAACUCACGCUAUAUCUUCGGUAUCCGAGACGGCAUUCACAUCAUCUCCCUGGACGUGACCGCGGCGUACCUGCGCCGUGCGGCGAAGGUAGUUGAGGAGGUCGCGGCCCGGGGUGGAUUGAUCCUCUUCGUCGGUACACGGAAGGGCCAAAAGAGAUACGUGGUCCGCGCUGCAGAGUUGGCCAAGGGCUACCACAUCUUCGAGCGAUGGAUUCCCGGCAGCUUGACCAACGGGCAACAGAUACUGGGUCACUGCGAGGCCAAGGUCGUGAAUUGCGUGGAUGAAGAGAUCCCCAAAUUCGCAGAGAGCUUGAAGGAGCGCUCGGUCAUCAAGCCCGACCUAGUGGUCUGCCUGAACCCUAUCGAGAACGUCGUCUUGCUCCACGAAUGUGGUCUCAACAACGUCCCUACCAUCGGUGUCAUCGAUACGGAUGCCGAUCCUACUCGCGUUACAUACCCUAUUCCUGCGAACGACGACAGUAUGCGCGCCAUUGGAGUCAUUGCAGGUGUCCUGGGACGGGCAGGUCAAGCCGGUCAAGAAAGGAGAUUGGAGAACGCCAAGAACGGAAUCUUAAUGUACGAACCCAUCAAGGUUAAAGACCUCCUCUCCCCGGAGGAGCUCGCCGAACUCGAGGAACGCGAGAAGAACAAUGCUGCGGCCACAACCGCCGACAUGGCCGAAAUUGCCAACCAGCUGGACGAGGCCGCUAAGAUCAUCGCGGCCAACAACGUCGAGACACCCAAGGAAACCGAGCGGCCUACUAAAGCCGCCGAACCUCAAGCCGAACAGCCCAGCACUCAGGCCCAGACCCCAGAAUCUCUCGCUAAAGAUCAGUAA